AUGGGCAAAGCCGGUAAACCUCGGAAAAAGGAUGGCAGGAAAAAAGGUAGCCUUACUGCUUCUAGGCCAUCAAACCCUGCAGAGAAGGCGGCCAAUAAUGCUCUCCGGGAAUCUGUGGUCUUGCCUGUUGUUAGGAAUCUCUCAUCUAUCUCGCCUAAAGAACGAGCGGAAGCCGUAUCAGCGAUAAACAAUCUACUUCAAGAUGCCACUUGUCGCCAAUUACUGCUCCGUGAGAGAGUGGUACAAAAAUUGAUGGAAGAGAUGCUCAAUGAUUCUUCGCAAGAGGUUGUUGUGUAUGCCUGGGGCGCUCUCAGAAACAUCUCAGUGGAUGAAGGUUACGACCAAAGCAUCUUUAUGUAUCGGAAAAAUAUUUUAGCCCCGGUUGCAAGCGCCUUGCAGAAGAUCUCUUCUACGUUAAACUCUCUUCGCACCAACCCGGGAUCCCUCAGUAGCACAGAACAGAAGAUCCUGUGGCUAUAUGCUGAAAAUGUUAUUGGCCUUAUCGCUGGCCUUAGUGAGACAAGCGAGGAGGUGGCAGAGGCAAUAGUCAAACUGGACAUAUUACCGCUUCUUAUGGAAAUUCUCAAGGAACCCUCUGGGAAACUAGGAGGCUUGCAUGAAACGGUAGCCCAAUGCGUCUACGCUCUCACUGGGGAAAGCGACGAUUUCGUCGAGGCUAUUGUUUCGGACCGUUAUGGCUACGUUUCUCUGUUGCUGGAGCUCCGUGAUCAGUCAGACCCUAGCCUGAAGAGCCUCUAUAUUUGUGGUUCCCUCCAUAAUAUAUCACUCGCACUAAAAGGGACUGAGGUAGCUACGGAUCAAGAGAUUUCUGAUUUCAGCGUUGUGACGAUUUUGACUGAUUUUCUCAAAUCAACACCUACCGCAUCUCUUACUGAUGACGAACAAAAAGUCCUUAUCUUCAAGCAACUUGUUCUGGAAAUACUGGCUUCUAUAGCAACAGAGGCGACGGGUGGGGUCUCAGAGGAAGCCUUAGGAGCAGACCAGGAUGGUGACAUAGAUUUUAUUAGCGGAGAUGGAGAUGGGAAAGAUAUGACAGCCCCAGGAGAGCUUGAUGAAUCAUUGCGAGCAGACAUGGAAAUGGUGGUGGGUGAUGAGAGUAAUCAAGAAUCCCCGGACUCCGCGGAAGGAACAGUGUUGCACUAUUUGAUUGUAAACACUGGACCGGCGCUCCUAUCGAUAGUGAAAUCGGGCGCCAGCGGUUCAUUGCCCAUCCAUAUACGAGCGUUGAGCGUGUUAAACAAUAUCGCUUGGACUGUUGAUGCGACGCUUUCCGAAGGAUUGGGCUUGUGGGAGAGGUGGCAGAAGCUGGCUCGCGAGAUAUGGCAGAGCUGCAUUACACCUGUCCUCGUUGCCAAUACAGCAGAUGUGGAGCUCGCGGAAGCGGUUACUGGCCUUGCUUGGGCGAUCUCUAAAUCUAUGAAUGGAAGCCUUGACGUUUCACAAGGAGAGCAUAGGGCAUUUGUUAGCCUCUAUCACGCAGCAAAUACUGAUGAAUUACGAACGAAAUGUGUUGGCGUUCUUGGGUGCCUUGGCCUUGCGCAGGGGAGAAUUGAAAUCAAUCGGGAAAUUGGUGUUUUCCUUAUGACUUUGAUUGUUGGCGGCGCAAAUACCCCGGCAAACCCGUUGGUAGAGGCGCUGAAUGCUAUAUUUGACAUAUAUGCGGAUGCAGAAUUCGAUUAUGAUGAACCUGUGUUUGUCAAGAGUGCCUUCCUUGAUCACCUCUCAAAAGCGAUAUCUGGGGUCAGAUCAGCUGUUAAGAAAGUCGAUAAAAACAAAUUCCCAGAAGAUCGAUUGAGGGCAGACGAUGCACUGCUAAAUCUGCAGCGGUUUAUCGCAUAUAAGAAGAAGGAGAGAGAAAAUUGAAUACUAUCUUCCUAGGAGCGCAGUUUUCGAUAGAUGGCGCUAGUGGUCGAGCUCCCUAUGGGGAUUUCUUGGGUGUGUGCUUUUUCUAUUGUGUAUUCUAGAUUUUGUGAUUUACCCAUUAAAAGUCAACUGCUGCUGCGCU